UAAAUAAGACCCUUCAUCUAUAUAGAAACGAACACAUGAGAUCCAACUAUCUAAAGUAACAUGGAAUCUGAAUCCUACUUCUUAUUAGUGCUUAUUAUCAUUAUAUUCUUACUGUUAAUGCUCAUCAUGCAUGUUCUUAAUUAUAACCUCACUCAGAAACUGCCACCUGGCCCAAGAAAGUUACCCAUCAUUGGGAACCUUCACCAGCUUGCAGCAGCAGGUUCACUUCCACCCCGUUCUUUCAGAGAACUAGCCAAAAAAUAUGGACCCAUCAUGCACCUCAAGCUCGGUGAAAACCCUACGGUGGUUAUAUCCUCCCCGGAGCUUGCCAUGGAGAUACUCAAAACCCAUGACUCGUGUUUUCUGAAGCGCCCACGUAUUCUUGCUGCUGAGAGUUUCAGCUUUGGUUCUUCAGAUAUUGCUUUCGCUCCGUGCGGUGAAAUGUGGAGACAACUGAGAAAGAUAUGUACGUUGGAGCUUCUAAGUGUUGAAAGGGUUCGGUCUCUCUCUCGUGUCAGAGAAGAAGAGUCAGUUAAAUUCAUCGAAUCGAUUCGGGUUUUUUCGUUGAUAAGUGCUUCUGUUUACAGAUCUGCAUUUGGAAAGAUACCCGAAGACAAGAAUGAGAUUGACGAGUUUGUAAGUCUGAUAAGGAAGGCGAUAGAAAUGGGGAGUGGGUUUUAUUUGUGUGAUUUGUUUCCUUCCGUCAAGCCUCUGUAUUAUGUGACUGGGAUGAAGUUCAAAGUGGAGAGGAUGAAGAAGAAGCUUGAGAAGAUCUUCGAGAACAUAAUUACGGAGCAUCAGCACAAGCAAGUGAACGUUGGUGGUGAUAAUGCAAAGGAGGAGGAAGAUCUUGUUGAUGUUCUUUUGAGACUCCACAAAAAUAGCAGUACCACUCACCAGUUUCACAUAACAACCAACACCAUCAAAGCUGUGAUUAUGGACAUAUUUGCUGCUGGAACUGAUACUUCAGCAUCAACGUUAGAGUGGGCUAUGUCUGAAAUGGUUAGGAAUCCAAGAGUGAUGGCGAAGUCACAAGCGGAGGUAAGAGAAGCAUUUAGAGGAAAGCAAAGAAUCCAUGAAAGUGAUGUGGAUAAACUAAGUUACUUAAAGUCAGUGAUAAAAGAAACACUGAGGUUACACCCACCUACACCUUUGUUGAUCCCUAGAGAAUGCACAGAGAGAAACACGAUUGGAGGGUAUGAAAUAGGUGUGGGGACAAGAGUAAUGGUGAACGCGUGGGCCAUGGGAAGAGACCCAGAGUAUUGGCAUGAUGCAGAGAAGUUUAUCCCAGAGAGGUUUGAUGGCAAUUGUUCUAUUGGUUUCAGAAGGACUAGCUUUGAGUAUUUACCAUUUGGUGCUGGAAGGAGAAUAUGCCCUGGCAUAGCAUUUGGUUUAGCCACCAUUAUGUUCCCUUUGGCUCUCUUACUCUAUCACUUCAACUGGGAACUCCCUAGUGCCAUGAAACCUGAGGAUUUGGACAUGACUGAACACUUUGGAUUAGCAAUGGAAAGGAAAAAUGACUUGUGCUUGAUUCCUUCUCUUGUUAUGUAAUAAAUAAGAACCAAGUUUAUAUCCGCGGUCAAGAAAUAAAAUAUUUAGAAUAAAGUCAUAAACCAUCUAAAUCGAUA